CACUUGCUUGUAAUGGUAGCCGCCUUUUUGGAAUUUGUUAUUGUUCGUGUUCUGUUCAUGUAGGAUUUUAAGAAUUUUAUUUCGGCAUGGCAAUUGCACUAGAUAUGUCGGUUUGCACCGUCUGCAAUUAUUAGUAUAAUCUGCAGUUUCAUCAGUCAGAUCUUGAGCACAUCUGCGCCUGCACUUUCACCCACAGUACCUUCCACCUUGGCCACCUUGCACUUGCGUUUGGACUUAGGACUCUUGAUGCAUUUUUGUAACUUUAUUGCACUACACAUGCCAUAAGAGUUGUCUGAAGUCUGAACAGCUACCGGCAUUUAUUCAUUCCUGAACGCAGCAGAGCAGUGAGAAGAAAACUGUGGACUGUAGGUGGACGUGAACAAAAUUCCAAACAAAACUAGGAGACCAAUAUUUCAGUCUACCGCACUCUACACCACACAUCUCAAAGCGACCUUUGAUAGAUCAGGACCGAAUGAAUAAUGGGCGACCAAGAUAUUGAGAUUAUUGAACUGUCCGAUGAUGAGGAAGAUGAAGCUCCAGACCCAGUUAAAAACGGGCCCAUGCCCUCCACGUCUGCUCAAAAAAUUCCGGCUGCGUUGUCAUCAAAGUCUGCUUCUAAUGGUGAAAAGGUUGUGGUGCAAGAGAAGUCCAAAAACGAGGAGGCGCUCGCAAUGCUUACAAAAGGACUCCUUGCAUUAGGAAAAAAUGAGAAAGAAACAUCAAGAAUAGUAUCCAAAAUGGAAAAGAAAUUCCUCUCAUGCUCUGAGAAAUUCAGGGAAUCUGUGAAUUGCUACGAACUGAUCUCUAAAUACCACAAAUUGGUGCAAGAAGAGCCAAAGAAAAAGUGGCAGUUUGUCAAGGAAUUCAAUGACAGCUUGACUUCUCACUGCUUCGUGAAAAAACCUGUGGUUGCUAAGGAAGAUGAAGCAGCCAACAAUAAAGAAAAGAAACAAAAGACUGUGAAUGGAGAUGCUAAGCUAGGGAGAAUUGAACUGCACUUAAAGAAAUUGGAGGAUAGUUUGGAGAUAUGCGUUGCAAAAAUCAAGCAAUUGGACGAGGAAGAAGUGGAUCUGAAUGAUGAUAAAGCGUCAGCAUUUAUUAUCAAGAGGAAGUAUGAAGAACGGGCUGCUCAGUUGUAUACCAAAAUCCAGGAAUAUUUGCAGAAGCUUACUGGGGAGGUUGGUGAGAGCAUUAAAGUUCGACAUCCUAAAAUCUGCACUUUGGGAUUAUCUGAAUUGAAAAUCGAUGCCAUCAAUACUGCCAUCGAUAAAUUUGUGAAUCGCAGCAGGCAGAACGAGGAGAUUAUAUUUCCCAAUUUUCGAGAGAUAAAUUCCAUUGUUACCAGAGUCAAUAGAGAGGAAAACAUAGGAAUGUCCAAAGAUGAGGUCGAACAAUAUGCCCGUCAAGCAUUUCAAACUGUUGGAAAGAAGAUCAAAAAGUGCAGGGCAAUUGAGCUCAGGUCGACCCUCAAUGAUUUGAUUGCCAAUGCUCCAGAUGACCCAGCAGACAAUGAUCCAGAACUUUUGAGGAAAUUGGCUGCAAACAAGAAAAUUUCAGAGCAAAAAGAAACUGAGGUCUUUGAGAAAUAUGUUAAAGAGAGUGCUGAGAAAGAAAAGGAGGAAGAGCUGAACAGCGAUGGCGAUGAAAACGAGAACAAUGACAUCAAUGAAGAGGAAGCUGAAAAGGAAGAAGACGAAGAUGAUUACGAAGUUGUGUCGGUUCACGGCAAAAGUGAAGAUGGUGAAUCAAGUAGAGACCCAUUUGAGAACGAAGAGCUGGACAUUGAUUUAAAUGAACCUGCUGAAACUUCGCCAGAAGAGCCAUUACUUGGUAUGAUUACAGAGGAAAAUGAUGAGACUGAAAUCGUCCCUGCUGGUCCAGAGGUGCCCACUAGCAUCCAAAAUACAACAGACCCUACUUCACCAAGCACUUCAGAUCAAGCUGUUCCUAUUGGUCCAAGUGCAAAUGGCCAGGGUACAACACGUGCUAAGGAAGAUGCACUGAGAGAAAUUGAAACAUGGUCCGAUAUGGAGGUUGAUGGGGAUGAUGAGAGAAAUUUGAGUGAUCUUGGGGCAGAUGUGGAUCCAGCUUCAUCUGUUUGUAUAGAAGCAGACUGUCCUAACAAGAUUGAAGAUUUGCUGCCUGUUGAUGGGCCACUGGAUAACACUGCAGCAAAUGAUGAAAGUUCCUUCAACCCCAUAAUCGUCUCAGUUGAGUCACAAGUGCCUGGAUUUUCGCAAGAUGAUGAGCCGGUCAGUGAAAUGAAUGACUCUGCAGCAGCAAACAAUUUUUCAACAGAUGUCUUGUCACUAAACAACAACUCGGCUCUUAUUGAACCAUCAUUGACUCAUUCAGCACCUGUGCCUGAGACAAAGUCUAUAGUAAGAACUCAAAAAGCUCGAAAAUCAUUUCCGAGGCCUACAAUAUAUCAGCCUGAUGAUGUUGAGUGUGUCAUACUGGACUAAGUUAUAUAAGCCCCCUAACCCUAAAAAAGGUGUGUAACAUUGAAGUCACUGCAUAUUAAAUUGAUGAAGCACAAUUUUCUAUGCAUUAUAUUGCGAUACUGGAGAUUUUUUGUCAAUGUAUUAUGAUUUGGAUUGCCAGAAUUUUGAUAAAGUUGCUAAUGGCUAGUGAAUGCAGCAAAAAUUUUCAUUUUGAUAAAAACGAAUAAAAUUAUUCAAGUUUUCUACUUUUGGUGUGCAUUUUCAUACAGAAAGAUUAGGUUUAUUUAGCGACUGAGCAACAUCAUCAUGUUCAUGUCUCUGUGUUCUAUGAAGUUUAUUUAGUAAACAAUUCAUUUAAUUACAUUUCAAUUGAUGACCAAAAUAUUAACUGACAUUUCAAAUACAUACAUAGAAUGUGUUGCCUAACAAAUCAAAAUGCUAAAAUUGAAGUUCGUGCACGCAGUACACCUUAAGUUCAUUGCACCAUCUCGUGCUGUCAACCAAU